CAGAUAACUCUUAAUUGUUUUUAUUUUUCUUUCUAGUGGGAUCCAUGUGAAUGAGCCAUCUGGUUUUCAGUUUUAUGAAUCUUGUUGUCUGAAUUGUGUCUGUGUCUGUGUCUGUGUGUGAUCUGAGAGAAGGAAAAUGGCUGACCAGACCAGAGAAGGUCUUCUCCCUCGGAAAGGUUGUUCAGAUUUCGGAUUCAAUGACUCCAGCAUCAUCGACGACCGUCGUUCCAAGUUCCGGUGUUUUCGAUUUUUCUCCGACGGGAUCACCGCUUCCUGGAUGGCUUUCUACGACAUCGCAGCUAAAUUGUACGAGAUGGGUCGUUCCGACCGUCGGAAAGUUUACUUUGCUGUUAAGAUGGGGAUGGCUCUCGCGCUCUGCUCUUUCGUCAUCUACCUCAAGGAGCCACUCCGUGACGCUAGCAAAUACGCUGUUUGGGCGAUUCUUACUGUUGUCGUCGUCUUUGAGUAUAGCAUAGGAGCAACAUUGGUCAAAGGGUUCAAUAGAGCAGUAGGAACACUCUCUGCUGGAGGACUUGCUCUUGGCAUAGCUAGACUCUCUGUCGCAGCUGGAGAAUUCGAAGAACUCAUUAUCAUUAUCAGUAUUUUCCUUGCAGGUUUUUCUGCAAGUUAUUUGAAACUCUAUCCGGCAAUGAAGUCGUACGAAUACUCAUUCAGGGUGUUUUUGUUGACAUACUGCAUCGUUCUUGUGUCUGGGAACAACACCAGAGACUUUUUCAGCACUGCUUAUUACAGGUUUUUGCUGAUCCUGGUUGGUGCUGGUAUCUGUUUGGGUGUUAACAUUUUUAUACUUCCGAUUUGGGCUGGAGAAGACCUCCAUAAACUAGUGGUUAAGAAUUUUAAGAGUGUGGCCAAUUCCCUCGAAGGAUGUGUUAAUGGGUACUUGCAAUGUGUUGAAUACGAGAGGGUGCCUUCGAAGAUUCUCACUUACCAAGCUUCUGAUGAUCCAUUAUACAGUGGAUACAGGUCUGUGGUCCAAUCUACAAGCCAAGAAGAUUCUCUGCUUGAUUUCGCAGUAUGGGAGCCUCCACAUGGACCUUACAAGACUUUCCAUCAUCCAUGGGCAAACUAUGUCAAACUUAGUGGUGCGGUAAGGCACUGCGCUUUCAUGGUCAUGGCAAUGCAUGGCUGCAUCCUUUCGGAAAUUCAGGCAGCUCCAGAAAAAAGACAGGCUUUCCGUCACGAACUUCAGAGAGUUGGAAAUGAAGGGGCCAAGGUCUUAAGGUUGUUUGGGGAAAAAGUGGAGAAAAUGGAGAAGCUAAGUCCAGGAAACAUUCUGAAGGAAGUUCAACGAGCAGCAGAGGAACUACAGAUGAAAAUAGACAGUAACUCCUUCCUACUUGUCAACUCAGAAAGCUGGGCCGCUAUCAAAGAGAAAGCCGAAGCUGAAGAAGCGCAACAAAACUAUCAUGAAGCCAAAGACGACGAGACCAAAGUGAUCCAAUCCCUCAGCCAGAUUUGGGACAACAACAAUAACCAUCAUCCUCAGAAUCAACACACUGGUAAUGAUUCUCAGCUAUGGAUCUCAACAGAGAGUAUGAUGCUUAGGAACCGAGAAAACUGGCCAAGCGUCUCAUUCAUAGGCGGUUCUAUGAUCAACGAGAUAGAAUCUAAAGUAUACGAAAGCGCAAGUUCUUUGUCGCUAGCCACAUUCGCCUCUCUUUUGAUCGAGUUUGUUGCAAGGCUCCAGAAUGUUGUUAAUGCGUUUGAGGAGCUAAGCACUAAAGCCGAAUUCAAAGAACAAGUAAGCGAGACACAUAACAAGAUAGAUAAAGCUGGAUUUUGGACCAGACUCAGCCACUGCUUCAGCUCUUAAGGAUUAGCAGAAGCAAAUGUGUGGUGAAUAUAGUUGAUUUUGUAUAGACAAAGAAAUAUAAUUUGCUUUGUUUUUCGUGAAAUAAGUUCAUAAUUCCUUUUCUUUGUGUGUUUGGCAAGUCACAUGAACUCAACUGGAAGUUUUGUUCUCAGUUUUUUGUUUUGUUUUGUUGAAAUACAGUUUUCACAUUGAUCAUCAAAA